CUGAGUCUUCUGUCAUGCUAAAUGCUGAUUGAAGCCAAAUUUCCUCAGUAUUUAAACCAUGUUUUGCUGUACAAACCGUUUCUUCCACUUGUUGCUGUUUCAUACUGGCUUGGCUGUAAGUGGUUUCAGUCACAUGGUGCUGCCUAACCGAGAGCUGAUGGAGCCAGAUGAGAAAGGCAGGAGGCGAGCCCCUCCGGUUGCGCGUCAGCAUCCCCUCAAAUAGGAAUCCGCUGCUGUCACUUCUGCUCUACAUACGGAGAGACGGACGACUGUAACCCCCAAACAACAAUUAAAGGCGAAUUUCGUUUGGCAUGCAGCUGUUUUUUUUUCCAUGUGAUGUCAAAGAAGAAGAGUAAGGGGAGGCUGUGAGGAGGCUGGAGCUUUGCAAAGAAUGAUAGUGAGGAUCAAGGCGCGCUGUCCCAGGAGAACUCAUCUGAAGAGCUGGCCGUGAGAGACCGGGAUGCUCCUCUAACGCACCAGGGGGGCGAGUUUCCUGAGCAGACGGUCUGUGUGGCAGAGUUUGAGCUCAAGUGGAAGUGAGUUAGUGAGUGAGUGAGUGAGUGAGUGAGUGAGUGAGUGAGUGAGUGAGUGAGUGAGUGAGUGGGUGGGUGUCAUGGAUUCGGCUGCCGAGGAGCCUCCCUACCAGAACUUGCUGCUCCUGGGAGCCAUUGCAGCAGCAUCUGCCUUCGUGGUCACCAUCCUUAUUGUCCUUGUCUGCGUUGGCUGUCAAAGAAAAAGCAAGAGCAAGCACCCCCCAGCCGGAGAGAAAGGGACAUCUGUAAAUAUGCAGGGUACACUCCGGCACCCGAAACUGAACUCCAUGAGCAAAUCUGACACCAGACUGCAUGAGAUAAAUCGCUUUCCCUGCAACGGAAACUCUGUUAGCAAGAGCCGUCCAGCCAGUAUGGACCUUCUGCUCCUCCACAGUCGGUGCUCCCAGACGGACCUGAGGCCCUCCCAUGGGCGCCAGCUUCCCCAGAUCCCCAACAGUCCCCAGGGAUCCGGCCAGGGGGAGGCAGGGGAAACAGGAGGAGAUGGGGGAGGAGGGGGAGGAGGAGGAGGAGGAGGAGGAGCGGGAGGAGGAGGGGAGGCCAGAGACCACACGUACACCGAGGUGGGCCUGCGCAACAACCCCACCCCCACCUACUGCCUGGAUGAUGGCCUGUACGAAAGUGUAGGAGUCCGGGAAGGUGACAUGGGCCCCAAGGUACCCUCUGCCCCCCCGCCCACUUCAGCCAACACUCCAGCCAUAAUCAGAGCUGCCCAAAGCCCCCCAGCUCAUGUCAACGGAGCCCGCAAUGGAAACGGGCACGGAAACGGUGGCAGAGGGAAUGGCAGAGGGAAUGGCACCGUUAACAGUCCGAUGGCAGGAAGAGGUAAUGGGGCGAGCGGGGUCAAUAGGUCCCCCAUGUCUUCUGUUAACUCCCUGGCCAUUCAAGAUCCAACUGUAGCGGAGUACGCUUCCAUACGGAAGUUCAGAAAGGUUGACAAGACAAACAGGAAGGAAAAUAACGGGGCCGACAGCCAGUCAGACAGCCAGUCGAGCGUGAGUGAUUCACCCUCUGCCGCCCCUCCUCCGCUACACCGCAGUCAGGAAUUUCCACGCAAGCCGCUGGAGCCGUUUCACCUGCACUCCUUCCCAAAGGAGGCGGUGUUCAUGGGCAAUGGGGAGCAGUACAUCUGGAAGCCUCCAGAAGAUGAUGACAUCAUCACUUUGCACCCACCUCCGUCCCGUGGAGAGAACGGACAGGGGCACCCAUCUCCCCCAACUGCGAAGGAGAUUGCAGACACUUACUCCAUCGUGUGUAAAACCCAGAAGAAGAAACCUCCUAUGGAAAACAACGGAGCGAAGACCCUCCCACGCUCCUUUGGAGGGGAGAGAGGAAACGCAGGUUCGCGGGGCCGAGGCAGAGGAGUCCAGGGCCAGGCACGUUCCCAGGAGGAACCCUGCUAUGAGCCGGUAGGAGACAGGUCCUGGCCCACAUGCGUAAUGGCCGAGUCUGACCCUGCGUACGCCACUAUCGACACCCACCGGAAACGUGAGCAGGGGGGAACCAAUAACAACACGGCUGGGGGUAAUGCCACUCUGAAGAGAAAGAAGCAGACGCCGCCGCAGCAGCAGCAGCAGCAGCAACAACAACAACAACAACAACAGCAGGCAGCGCCAGCGGCACCUCAGGGCUCAGGACCCACCGCCCUGCCUGUUAGAGGCCUGCCCGGUGGGGAAAACUUCUAUGAGACCAUCAGCGAUGUGAAACAAGGGGGCAACAGCUCCAGCACCACCACCAUCUUCACCUUCAAUGACGGGAUGGAGAUGUACGUCACUGGCCUGUAGCUGGGUGACACACAGAAACGGCCCAGAACCCUCUGGUACAGAGUCAUGAAAGGGAUCUUUCUGUUCACCGGUCAGCAGGUUGCUGUACAUAGAUACAAGGCCCUCUAUAGACAAACAACAUGAGGAUCCAUUUUGUGUUGACAUCAGGUACAAACAGGGUCUUAAUCCAGGUUCAAAUUUCCCUUGAUUGGUCUGUACUUCAGAACCAGCCUAAGCCUAGUCCAGCCCAAAUAUGGACCAAAUACAUUUUAACAAAGGAAAAAAAAAAAAAACAAAGAAAAGAAAACUGGAAUAUACAUCUUCAACUUACUGUGUCACUGACCAUACUCACCUGUUUGUGCAUCAUUUUCCAUAAUAUCUUUAUUUUUAUAUGAACACUGUACUCUUUAAAGAGUAUGUGGUGUAACUCACAACCUGAGGGAAAACACACUUUAAUAUAUGUAACAAAAGAAAUGUGCAUGCAUUGUGCGAAUUCAAAAAACACAACAAACACACACCUGAAAACGGAGAGUAGUAGCAAGGAAGCUGGCUAUAUUAGGAGUACGAUGAGGCACACUGUUAGCUAUUGUCACCCAUAUACGCACACGUACACACACAUAUGCCUCAUCAUGGAGGGACUUAUGAAAUAUAAGCAGAUGGAUGUCACAGAGAUUUGCGGUGCUUAGCUCUCACUAAGUAAACAUCUGAAACAGGUUCUCUGUGCUCACUGGUCCAUUGCUUUGGAGCUUUGUUCAAACUUAGGCCUAUAAUUUGUAGGCCUCUUUAAACACAGAGGUAAUUGAAUGCUAUUGUCCCCGUUUCAAAAUGACCAUCAAUGUGCCCUGAACGUAUUAGCAUUUACCAGUAACAGCCCUCAUGAUGACUAUAAAAAGUGACUUUUGCGCAAUAAUGUAAGAUUCACAUACAUUAUGAGAUUAGUUUAAAAUCCACGCUCAGAUUUGACAAACAUCUGUAGCCAGAGGCAUGAUGACACACCCCAACACAGCCCCACACAGAUACACACAGACUGGGCAGAGUCAUGCAGGGUAAAGUGAUCAGGUCAUGGGCAUUGAGUGGGUUGUGCAAGUAUUUCCCCAGAGUGAUAGGGGUGACAGAUUUCACAAUGUUAGACCUUUACUGUAUUACUGGGAUAAAUGAGAGAAGAAUAUUUUCAAAAAAUAAGGAAGUGAAAGAGCCCAAAAUAACACAGGAUGCCUCAUCCUGGACAGUUAAUAUGUCAUGUCUUCUGGGCUCUGUAAACAUCUGACUUUAUGACCAUUGUUAUUUUGCACUGGACAGAUGCAGGACUGGUUGGCUUUAAAUGUGCAUAAACGUGCCAUAAAAGGCAUUUCCAAACACAGCUCUGAUUCGCUCUAUGGUCUCAAGUCAAAGCCAGAGCUCCCCCCAGCUCAACAGACUUAAGUCUGGUGGUUGAAAUAGCAACAGAAGGCUUGGACUCCAAGAAAAAUAAAGAGCUGGGCAUAAAAAUGACCAGCGAGUGUCCUUUGGAAGGUUGCCCCUCGCCCUCUGCCCACCCUCAUCUCCAGCCUCUGUUCUCUUCCAUGAUAAACAAUGUCUUUCCCAUCUAGCUUUGGGGAACAUUAAAACAGAAAGAAGAGGGAGAAAACAAAACAUUAGAGCCUUAAUAAAUGGGCAUAAAGAUAAGAGAUGGAGAGGGAUACACAACUGCUCACAGGCUGAGAGAUGAGGCAUUAGAAUGAGCUCACUGUGAGACAACCAUGCAAAGAUAAAACGGGUUUAGAAAGGUUAGUAACAUUAAUUUAUUAAUGCUACCGUGUCAGAAAGUAUGUAAAAUUAAAUGCACUCUGUAUUUUAAUGCACUCUUUAUUUUUUCUUACCUACUGACAAUACCAUUGGUUAAAUAGCUCAUGCCACUGCCAUGAAAACAGUAAGUUUAUGUUGUUGGUGCAAUUUUUCCUGCUUGAUCAAAAAAGUGCAUGCUUUAAUGUGUGGAGAUGAAAACAAAUAUUGUGGUACUUAAUUGAUCUCGUUUGUUGAUCUUUUCUGUUGUACUUUUUUGCCAUGUGAUGCAAAGCAGCAUUCAGUUUUUCCAAAGCAACAACUUGGAGGAGGAGGGUAGAGAAAUAGGGCCAAGCGUUGUUUAUCCUCCCCUCUGGGGGAGUGAGAGAGUGAAAGAGGUGGGGGAGGGAGAUGAAGAACAGCUAGUAUAAAACUAGAUGAGGACCACCGCAAAUGGACACGGAUCCAAAGGACCCUCCUCCUGCCAAUACUGUGUUUGCGUGCGUGCACACACACACACACACACACACACACACACACACACACACACACCGUCAGGCGCACACACACUUACACACUGCAACAUUGAGCCAUGUGCGUUUCCAGUUUCGGGGAGGAAGCACAUUUUGCUUCCACUUGGUCAGCCCUUGCAUACACUCCCUCCCCCAGCUGUGUUCAUCCUCCAGUAACCGACACAGACCUCUUUUUUCUCUGCUUCACAUCGCUCCCUCGUUGUGCAGGGGAGGGGCCUUUGAUGUCCAGUUCUGAGGGAAUCAGGGAGUUAUAUGGGGGUUUUGGGGGGGGGGAGCAAGGCAAGGCAAGGCUACGGGUCAGGCCAACCCCAGUCUGAUAUCAACGAGGAACCAACGGCUCAACUACUGUCUGAUAUGAGAAAUGGCUAACAGCUGAGACGCUUAACAAGCUCUGUUGAGGCCACCUUUAGACAAUGCUGGCUGGAAAUUGCUAUCACACUUAAUCCUUUUUCUCUGGCUGUCACUUUAUGUGUCACAUUUUCGUUAUUCUGAGAGAAAGCACUGAUCUGAUAUAUUUUGUUGAACACUGAUCGAGACAGAUGUUCAUUGCACAAAUACAGUAUGAUGAUGUAAAUGUGUAUAAUACUCUGUUGCUGUUCUGAUGUUGUUCCAAUGUAACAUACAGUAUACAGUAUAUUUGUUAAAAAAAAAAAGAUGGUUAUCACAGACACAUUGUACUUUGUGGACGCAAAAUGUUUCAUGCUUUCCAUGCAGAUACAGAUGCUGUUUGUUAAUUGUCUUCAGAUAUAAUUAUGGGCCAAUACUGCUGUGACAGCUGUAGCCAAUGUUGUAUGUUCUUAAAGCACAGGGUUUAGUUUAAAAAUAGUAAAUAUAAUAAAACAUAGUGACAGUGCAGAUAUGCAAAAGAUUGUAAUGUUUUAUAUUAACCUUCAUAAAAUAUUAAAGUGAGUUUUUACUUUUCUAAUAAAGUGGCACAUUAUAAAGUG